GCCCGCGGACGUAACCACUGCGAACGACCUAGCCUCUUGCGGGGAAUCGCUCUGGUUUGAUACUGACACCGGUUCACCACCCACUCCGGCCCCUUCGGUGCUAUUUUGGCUCUCGCGUCACGUCGGCGAUCUUAGGAGAAGAUUGAGACAACAGUUUCGGGCUUGAAGAUCGAAAAAGCAGUGGCUCAUUCCUUCUUCCCCCACCCCCGUGGCCUGGCCCGAUGGUAGCGCCCGAGGUUGCGAGUUUCGCGCCUGCGCAGUGCGGCGCCUAGAGGGAAAGCGAGAGGGAGACGGACGUUGAGAGAACGAGGAGGAAGGAGAGAAAAUGGCGUCCACGGAUUACAGUACCUACAGCCAAGCUGCGGCCCAGCAGGGCUACAGUGCUUAUACCGCCCAGCCAACUCAAGGAUAUGCACAGACCACCCAGGCAUAUGGGCAACAAAGCUAUGGAACUUAUGGACAGCCUACUGAUGUCAGCUAUACCCAGGCUCAGACCACUGCCACCUAUGGGCAGACUGCAUAUGCAACUUCUUAUGGACAGCCUCCCACUGGUUAUACUACCCCAACUGCCCCCCAGGCAUACAGCCAGCCUGUCCAGGGGUACGGCACUGGUGCUUAURACACCACCACYGCUACYGUCACCACCACCCAGGCCUCCUAUGCAGCCCAGUCUGCAUAUGGGACUCAGCCUGCUUACCCUGGCUAUGGGCAACAGCCAGCAGCCACUGCACCUGCAAGACCGCAGGAUGGUAACAAGCCCGCUGAGACUAGUCAACCUCAGUCUAGCACAGGGGGUUAUAACCAGCCCAGCCUAGGAUACGGACAGAGUAACUACAGUUAUCCCCAGGUUCCUGGGAGCUACCCCAUGCAGCCAGUUACCGCGCCUCCAUCCUAUCCUCCUACCAGCUAUUCCUCUACACAGCCGACUAGUUAUGAUCAGAGCAGUUACUCUCAGCAGAACACCUAUGGGCAACCGAGCAGCUAUGGACAGCAGAGUAGCUAUGGUCAACAAAGCAGCUAUGGGCAGCAGCCUCCCACUAGUUACCCCCCCCAGACUGGAUCCUACAGCCAGGCUCCAAGUCAAUAUAGCCAACAGAGCAGCAGCUACGGGCAGCAGAGUUCAUUCCGACAGGACCACCCCAGUAGCAUGGGUGUUUAUGGGCAGGAGUCUGGAGGAUUUUCSGGACCAGGAGAGAACCGGAGCAUGAGUGGCCCUGAUAACCGGGGCAGGGGAAGAGGGGGAUUUGAUYGUGGAGGCAUGAGCAGAGGUGGGCGGGGAGGAGGACGCGGUGGAAUGGGGUUACAAAGUGAGAGCCUUGUAUACACUUCAAUACUUAAAAAGUACCCGUACUCAGUACUCAGCCGGCAGCAUAAUGAAAAGUGGGACUAGACACGGUGUCCAUAUGGAGAGGAAAAAUAUACAUAGAAUAUUUUUAACAAAAUGUAUUCAUUGUAUAAAUGGAAUCCUUCUGUAACUUUGGUAACUGCAUACUUGUUGUUUGGUAAUGAACCAGAGGAGGUAUAAUACUCUAGAAUUGUGUAACAUUAAAGUGUAAACUUUUGUGUUAAAGAGAGAGAACAUUUUAUGGUG